GGUAGAUUCCAGUUCCAUCGAUUCGAUCACAACAUGGAGUCAGUCGGAAGGCGAGUCGUGCCGAGAGGAGCGGGCGGCUAGCAGGUUAGAAUCGGGCGGCUAGCUCGGGCUCUAGUCCUCUGACUUCAGUUUUGAUCGUCCAGAGGACACGGUCAAGAUACUGCCUCCAUCGGAAUCACCGGGAUUGUCAGCUCCGGCGACUCCACCGGCCGCGCCGGCCGUGGCCUACCUGCCCAUGGACACCAUGGACGCCAACUGUAACCAGAAGGAGCGCAUGUGGUGGGCCUUCCUGACGUCCAGCUUCGUCACCUUCGUCGGCGGGUUAGUAUGUAUCCUGCUGUGGAGACUGGGCGCCUGGCUCUUCUGCCGGGUGGCGGAGAAGCCCGCCGAGGUCGUGGCACAGUCGCCGUCGGCCACCAAAAUGCAGGACACGGGAGUGUUCGUGAAGUCUCCCGACCCCGAGAUCGGCUGGAUGACGGCCGUAAAGGACUGGGCAGGUGUCCUCAUUUCAGCUCAGACUGUCACCGGAAGAAUCUUGGUGGUUCUGGUGUUCUUGCUGAGCUUGGGAGCUCUGGUGGUGUAUCUACUCAACUCAUCCGAGAACACUACGGAUGUGAAAGAGUGUGUGAAUGCGCAAUCAAAUAGCUCUUGCAAGGUGGUGAGAUAUCUCCAAAUAGAAAAGUGCAUAGUGUUCAGCCAGGAGACAUUGCUACAAGUUGACUUUGGAUUCAACAUCAUCUUCCUGCUGUAUUUUGGACUACGAUUCAUAGCAGCCAACGACAAGCUAUGGUUUUGGCUGGAGCUGAACUCCCUGGUAGACUUCUUCACUGUUCCACCAGUUUUUGUAUCGGUCUACUUGAACAGAAGCUACUUAGGUCUUCGGUUCCUGAGAGCUCUUCGUCUCAUCCAGUUUUCAGAGAUUCUACAGUUUUUGAAUGUUUUAAAGACAAGCAACUCCAUCAAGCUGGUGACUCUCCUCUCCACUUUCUUUAGCACCUGGCUAACAGCCGCUGGGUUUAUCCAUUUGGUUGAAAACUCGGGGGAUCCAUGGCUGGAUUUCCAGAACAAGCACCCCAUGUCAUACUGGGAGUGCCUGUACCUCAUGAUGGUCACCAUGUCUACAGUCGGCUAUGGAGACAUCUUCGCGACAACGUCACUGGGAAGGGCGUUUAUGGUAGUGUUUAUCCUCGGAGGCUUGGCUAUGUUUGCUAGCUGUGUGCCUGAAAUCAUAGAGCUUAUAGGCAGCCGCAAGAAAUAUGGAGGCUCGUACAGUGCUAUUAGUGGCAGAAAACAUGUUGUGGUGUGUGGGCACAUCACAUACGAGAGUGUGUCGAACUUCCUCAAGGACUUCUUGCACAAAGACAGGGAUGACGUAAAUGUGGAAAUUAUCUUUCUUCACCCUUUACCUCCAAACCUUCAGUUGGAGGCACUUCUCAAGAGACAUUUCACACAGGUGGAGUUCUUUGAAGGCUCCGUCUUGAAUGCUGGAGACUUAGCUAGAGUAAAGAUAGAAGAUGCAGAUGCUUGUUUGAUCAUUGCCAACAAGUACUGCAACAAUCCUGAUGCUGAGGAUGCUGCCAACAUCAUGAGGGUGAUUUCUAUCAAGAACUACUGCUCUCAUGUCAGGCUGAUCAUCCAGAUGAUGCAGUAUCACAACAAGGCGUACCUGCUCAACAUACCCAGUUGGAACUGGAAGGAAGGGGACGACGUCAUCUGUCUGGCAGAGCUGAAACUGGGCUUCAUAGCCCAGAGCUGCCUGGCACCUGGCUUCUCCACCGUGAUGGCCAAUCUCUUUGCCAUGAGGUCCACAGUGCUGAUGGAGGAAGAUUCCUGGCAGAAGCACUACUUAGGAGGGGUGGCGGCUGAGAUGUACACCGAGUACCUUUCCAGUGCUUUUACCGGGAUGAGCUUCCCGCAAGUGUCCGAAGUGUGUUUUGUAAAGUUGCAGUUGCUGUUGAUCGCGGUUGAGUUCCAAGGCUCAGAAACCCAGGAGAAAGAAUCAGGGGCUGGCCGGCUGCACAGGAUUUUGAUCAACCCGAACAACUCCUAUCACAUAAAGGAAGGCACUCUGGGGUUCUUCAUAGCGCAGUCGGCAAAGGAAGUGAGGAGGGCAUAUUUCUACUGCAAGCAGUGUCACGGGGACAUCAAGCAACCAGACAAAAUCAAGAAGUGCAAGUGUAUGCAAGCAUUGGAAGCACAGGCCAACAACAAAGUCAAUGUAGCAGCCUUAGGAAAUCUCAAGCAAAAGGAAGGACCCACCCAAGUUGUAGCGCCCACCAAGAAAAAGCGGAAUGGCAAUUCCAACGAGUUAGACUCUCCGAAGCGGAAUAUCCGUAACUUCCACGGAAUGACGUCCAGAGGGAAGAAGGGGCGAGACUUUCCGAUGCCUUUACAAAUUUCCCCAAGCAGACUCCCUGACAGUAGUCUUCCACCCGUCAACAGCCCCAGUCUGCCCAACAACGACGAGGCACGAGACCUGGACUGUGAUACCAAGAAGUACGACUCCACGGGGAUGUUCCAUUGGUGCCCCUCCCGCGAUCUGGAGAAAGCCAUUCUGAGCCGUAACGAGGCAGCCAUGAGUGUGCUGAGUGGCCACGUGGUCGUGUGCAUAUUCAGCACGGCAGACUCCCCUCUGAUUGGCCUGCGUAACCUGGUCAUGCCGCUGCGCGCAAGCAACUUCUCGUACCAUGAGCUGAAGACGAUUGUUCUCCUGGGCGACCUGGACUACAUCAAGAGGGAGUGGGACAUGCUGUGCAAUUUCCCUAAAGUUGCUGUGUUGCCAGGAUCACCAAUGUGUCGGGCAGACCUGCGAGCAGUGAACGUGAACCUGUGCGACAUGUGUGUGAUCCUGUCCCCCAACAACCAGAGUCAGGAGCAGGACCCCUGUCUGCAGGACAAGGAGGCCAUCCUCUGCUCCCUCAACAUCAAGUCCAUGCAGUUUGACGACAGUAUCGGCCUCUUACAGGCCAAUUCGCAAGGUGGGCAUUCUUGGAUCUUGCCAGGCACGCCUAUUGGGGGAGGCACGGGUAGAGCCGGUUUCCUUCCUCCAGGGUUCAACAACGCAUUUUCCCCAGCCUCCAGUCCAGACAACAACGUCUCCAGGAGAGGCUCCACCAUGGGCAGCAAUGUGCCCAUGAUCACUGAACUGGUGAAUGAUGGGAAUGUGCAGUUCUUAGAUCAGGAUGAUGAUGACGAUCCCGACACCGAACUCUACCUCACACAACCGUUCGCCUGCGGGACCGCCUUCACCAUUAGUGUCCUGGAUUCACUCAUGAGUGCGACGUACUUCAAUGAUAACGCCCUGACGCUGAUCCGAACACUGAUCACCGGCGGGGCGACCCACGAGCUGGAGCAGAUCCUAGCGGAGGGUUCUGGGAUGCGGGGCGGCUACAGCACGCCUGAGACCCUGCGUAACAGGGACAGGUGUAAAGUGGCACAGAUCCCCAUGAUGGACGGACCCUUCCAAGCAUUCGGGACCAUCGGAAAGAAUGGCGGUUGCUAUGGCGACUUGUUUGUCAGCGCCCUGAAAAGCUACAACCUCCUCGCCUUCGGGAUCUACCGUUUCCGGGACGCGGAGUGCAACACCAAAAACCCGUCCUCCAAGAGAUACGUCAUCACGAACCCGCCGUACGAGUUCAAACUCUGCACCACGGACAUGAUCUUCUGCCUGCAGCAGUUCGACCGCAACCCCAUGGACAUGCGCUCCAACAGCUUCAGCCAAUCACAGAGCCACCUGAUGCGGGGGAAGCAGAAGAACCGUCCGACCAAGAAAAAGCAAAACGUGCAAAUAGCACACAACAAAGUAUAAAAAGUCCACCCUGAGAGUCACCUUACCUAGGUCACCACAGGAAGACAAAGACUUCACCACCGAGAAACACGUCUUGAGAGAAUUUGACGUCUGAUGCAGCUAAUCCAAUGUUCUCUGCAACAUUUUUGUCAACACGAACUUUAAGAUUCAUCAAUAAGUACUAAUUAUUGUCCCAUCAGUUGCUAAGUGGUGAUUGGGUAUGAUAUUUAUAGGUAUUUAUUGGUACUGAAGUCAAGUUAUUAAUAAUUAAUAACACUUUCCUGUGGAACUUCUCCAUGAGUGAUUCUGUUGGAAAAAAUGAGAGCAGUCCUAUUUUGUGCAAUUUUGUCAAAUUGUAGGGUUUCAAUGGACACGUCAUGCAUUUAUAUAUAAAUAUGAAUAUAUAUAUACAUACAGCUGUAAGAUAUUUUUGAGCCACAUGUAUGUUACGUGUAUAUGGACGUCAUUGUUUUAUAUGUACGUGUGUGUUUUUUUUGUGGUGUAUUUGCUUCAGUAGGGACAGAUAGCAGAGUGAGUUAGGGCAGGCCGAGUUCAAGAAUACAGAAUGUAUGCAGGAAAAAUCUACACAAGUGGUGCAAUGUGAAAACUAUAAAAGAUAUAGAAACUGCAAAGUGCUUAUAACGUACAGUAUGGCAUGAUAUACUAUAAUGACAAAGAAGAAAGGGUUUAACAGUAAAAAGAUAUUGAAUGGAGGGCAGGAAAGAGUGAUAGAGCCAUGAUAUGGUUCAUGUAAAUAGGUUUAUCUAAAAGUGUCUACGUGUGUUUGUCCGUUGCGAUCCAAGAGCUUGUUGUCAUGUGCGCGUACGUGUGUUCAGAUGCUGUACAACUAACUCUGUCACACCCCCGAAUCCGAGUGCGCAAGUCCGUCUACAGAAAGUCAUUGUCUGCGUGCCGAACAAGUGUUUUUCUUGUAUCACGUGUGCGGAUGCAGAAAAGGAAUUUCUCGCAUCGCUACAGCCCAGUUAGGAGUUCCUGACUCUGUUCCAUGUUGCCACCUUCAGAUAGACCUUCACUAUCCAUCUGUCCAUCCAUCUAUCCAUCCAUCCAUCCACCAUCGCUGUACGCACAGCACCAUCAUGUUCAUCUAGCACUAAAGAACACCUUUGAAUAUAUAUAAAUGAUACGAGAAGCCUGAAACUUGAUGUGUCUUGUCCGUACGUUGUCGUGGAUGUCUAGUCCCAUCCUUAUCCCUGUGCAAGAGGUCUUUGAGUGCAGUUCGAUCAACUCGGAAGGAAGAGUUGUGUCCAAAAAAAAAUAUAGUCUGAACAGACAAGACGUAAUAAAGUAUAUUACCCAAAAGGUCAGCGGCUUUUCUAAUGCAAAAGUGAGCGUAACAGUUAACACAACAUGUAUGUGAGGUACACAUGAAUGUUACUAGGUAGGUUUUGUACGUGUGCACAUUUUGUACAUCAUGCACCAUGGCACCUAGAUUGUGUUGGUGGUGGUUGGAACAGAGAAAGUUCUCCAAAGCUGGGCCAAGCUAACCAGACCACAGCACCCCACACCUACAAUACUACACUGCACCUAAUAUACAUGUAACCUUCCCACGUUUUCAACCUUUGUAACAGUUACAACUUGUUCAGUAUAAAAAUGAAAAGAAAUUGAUACAAAAAAAGAAAUAUGUCAUGGAAAUUCAAUGUCUCGCCAGUGCUACAAAAAGGUGAGAAGAAUGUUUUAUCCUAAAAGAAAUAAUGAAUAAUAAAAACCGCAGACAUAUACAAGCUUGUGUGCCCUCCCUUUCCUAGAUGUUAUGUGGUGUAUGUGCCCUUUGCCUGCCUUCAUGUAGAACUUUUGUAUUGUUGAUGAAAGAUUGGGCUCCGUCGCAAAAGCAUGGCUUAAUGUGAUCUUUGCUGCAGUUCAUAACAGCAUAUGUACGUCUCACAGACCUAUAAUUGUUUAUAUAUACUUGCCAAGACAAAUUUUAAAGAUGUCACUUUCCUAGUAAGAAAACGUUAUGGUCAUCUAUGCAGCAUUCUGGCUUCUAUUGUCAACUAAUUUUGAAAAUUGUCUGUGAAUACUUCUAGUGAACACAUAGAAUUAAGCCUAUUUGCUGCGACUUAUAGUGUUUUUUGCAUUAAAGAUCAGACUAAGCCACUUUGAGAUUUUGUUUUAGGUACCUAUCUGUGGUCAUAGAGAACUAAUUUGAAUUAUUUGUGAACAAGAGUGAUCCAAGCAUUGAAUGAAUGUUGCAGUGUUCCAUUAUGUUUGGAACGCCGUCCUUUCUACACAAGCUGAGUUUUCAUUCUUGUGAAAACCGUUAUUUUCAUAUGAAUUACUUUUGUACAGUACAGGGAUACAUACUCCUUUAGACUUAAGGCACAACAGUUUACAGUUUUCGAAAUCUGUGAUUUCAACAUUUGCAUGCAGUUACACAAGUGCAAGAAGAUAAACUAAGAUAUAUAUAUUUCUGUCUGUUAAACAACACGUGUUAGUAGGUUAGAGGUCAUAAAGUAUGAUUUAUUCAGAUUAUGACAACACGUCGCCGAAGUGUUUUUUUAAACACCACUAUUGUUCUGAUUCUUGCCAAUACAGGCUGUUAGUAUAUGGAAUUGACUUACGUUGUUACAGUGGAGGUGGUGUGUUGUACGUUACUGCAGCAUUUAAUCUGUAUAUACGGCUUUGUUGUCACUGAAUACACUUCCUUCUCCAUUCGAAAGGGCACCUGAUACUAGCCAAUGGCAGCGCAGUGUUGUGGUGGAUGAUUCACUAUGGAUUAAAAUCAGAUAUUACACAA